UGAAGUCAAAACCGAGGGAGGGAAAAGGUGAUUGACCUUAAAAGGGGAAAAAACGGCAAAUACUAAGUGUCUCAUACAGACCUUCAGUUAUUCCGUUGCUCAAACCGCCUUUAUAAAAUCAGUCCGCCAACAUCCAUGAGCUCCAGAUCCUGUAAGUGGUUCUUAAAGAAGGAUCUGCUGCUUGUCAAUAAGCUUCUGCAUGUACAAAAACACCCGAGGAAAAUGAGUAGAAGCCCAGAAUACCAGCACGACCAUUACAAAUUCACAUCUUAUCAUUUGAGAAAGUAAAGUACUUUCUCAACAUGUUUGCUAAUUUCAAAAGACGGCCACGAGUUUGCUUCAAAAUGCAGUAUUUUUACUGGACGGUUCCUAAUUGUGAGAACUGUUGGUUGAUUCAUGAGGAAAAUAGACAAUUGGGAUUUAUUACAGUCAAAUUUUUGUUUCGUUUCUAUGUUGCUUUUAUUUCCACGUGAAAUCACGAGGAGACUUUGAGACGUCACAACUCCGCAGGCGCUUCCUAGUUUGACGGUGUUUUAUUUUCCAAUCCAAUUCUCGGAGCGGAAAUGUGUCCGCUGGUCGUUGGCAACUUGAGGCGGAAGUAGAAACGCGUCUGGCCGACUGUCGUCACUUAGGUCCGCGACAUGUAUUUAAAUCCGGACGCUCAGCCUUCCGGAGUCAGUGUAUCAUCAUCGACGCACAGCGAGAGAAUCAUGAGUGGCCGUGGAAARGGAGGAAAGGGACUCGGGAAGGGCGGCGCUAAGCGGCACCGUAAAGUCCUCCGCGAUAACAUCCAGGGYAUCACCAAGCCCGCCAUCCGCCGCCUGGCUCGCCGCGGCGGAGUCAARCGUAUCUCCGGCCUGAUCUACGAGGAGACCCGCGGCGUGCUCAAGGUGUUCCUGGAGAACGUGAUCCGUGACGCCGUGACGUACACCGAGCACGCCAAGAGGAAGACGGUGACCGCCAUGGACGUGGUGUACGCCCUGAAGAGGCAGGGCCGCACCCUGUACGGCUUCGGAGGUUAAAUCUCAUCCGACCGCAAACGCACAAAACAAACAACGGCUCUUUUAAGAGCCACCCACACUUCUCAAGACAUGUUUCCUUCGUUUUACACUGGACCAUUAAUAACACUUGAAAUAAUCAGAUGUAGUGAAACUAACGCAAACUUGUUCCUCAACUUACUGCUGUCAGAUGUUGUUUUCUGAACGGACUGAUCUAAUGCAGGGGCGUCAAACUCAUUCUCACUUCUUCUGUAGCAAAAACCUGAAGGUUCUUAAAGGGCCAGUAGUGCCAGAAGGUAUAAAACCCACUAAGCUGUUAAAAUAUCAAUGAAGGCUGUUUGUCUGUUUCUUCAAAUUAAAUAUUGAACAUCUUUUCACACUGA